AUGUGCGCAUUCCGACUGACGUGCAAAACUCUCCUUGAGAAAACAUACAGCAUCUUUUGGAGAACGUCCCUUAACAGUAUUGAGACCGACGUCUCCCUUGACAGCUUAGGGAAACUCCAAACAAUCUCAACAGACCCACAACUCCGCCAUUGCAUACAUCACCUGACCACCAAAGGCUUCGACAAGACCGAGACAAUUCUCGGGGAAGGAUUCCAAUGGGACCGCCAUGCCUCCGGUCAUCUCGUCAACCUCCACAAUCAUCCAGCCGUCAAACAGCUCUGCAACAUCUUCUGCCAACUCAUCAACUGCACGUCCAUUGAGAUCUAUUCCCCUAUCACCGAAAUUGUCGUACAUCCAUUGAAGGCUUUCGAACCAACAGAUGCAAUUCCAACCAUGUUAGAGGUGAUCUCUCAGACAGGUCAUCCAGUUACUUCUCUCACACUGAAUUUCAUGGGCUGGGGACAAAGCGGCCCCAACAACCCGGACCCCAGAUGCCUUCAAAUUGCCCAUGAAGCUCAGCUCAUCGCGCUUGGAGCGCAUCUUGAGAACCUCACCCUGAAAUAUACCUUUGAGCACGACAUCGUGCAUGACUGGACAGUCAACUUGCUCCACCACACCCGCAACCUUUGCACAUUACAUAUUGAAUCAUGCAAUGAUUUGAAGGGCGUGCCCUUUUUCCGCUGCCUAGCUUUAUCAUCUGAUAUGGUCUGGCCCCAGCUACAAGAACUUAGUCUCGACAUGAUCCGCGCAACAGGUGAGGAUCUUACCACAGUCCUGCGGAAAUCCCAGCAAAGCCUGCGUGUAUUGAGCUUGCACUGCUCGAGAAUAAUAUCCAGUAAGGAGGGCCUCAAACGAAUAUUUCAGGUGCUGGGCACGGACUUUCCCAUGUUGCAAGCCAUUCAUAUUGGUCUAUUAUGGUCGGGUCUGGCUAUGCGGGAUUAUGUCCACUUUCCGGGCGUGUUGCAAAAUCCCGUGGUUGAUGAAUUGCAAGGGUCAAGGUUUGACUUCAUGGCUCACCGGUAUAAGGGGGGUGACAGAGUAUCGACUGUGAAUUACUCAGGUCCAAAGAUGGAUGUUGCUUUGGGGAUCCUAGCGGAAGCGGUGGAUUUAAUUAUAAAACAGCCACUUGAAGAAUGGAUUCGAGACAACCGAGCUCACCAGAACCAAGAAUCAGUACCAUAG